AUGUUCUGUGGCUACCUUGGCACAGCUGAGAUGGCUUUGGAAGAAGGUCAAGAAGCAAGUGAUAAACAGGAGGAGGAGCAACAGAAUUGCUUUCCUCCUAUUCUCUGGCCAGUUCCUCCUUCCAAUCCAGUUACCUCUGAAUGUAAAGAGGAUUUCCUACAAGUGGGAAGAGUGGUGGUGGAAGUUAACAGUGAAUUUCGAAUCCAGGUAAGAGAUUACAACACUAAAAAUGGCACCAUCAAAUGGCAUUCAAUAAGAAGGCAAAAACGUGAAUGGAUCAAGUUUGCUGCAGCCUGUCGAGAAGGCGAAGACAACUCAAAGAGAAACCCAAUUGCCAAAAUUCAUUCAGAUUGUGCUGCAAACCAACAAGUUACCUACCGCAUCUCCGGAGUAGGAAUUGAUCAACCACCUUAUGGAAUCUUCAUUAUUAAUCAGAAAACUGGUGAAAUUAAUAUAACAUCCAUAGUUGAUCGAGAAGUCACUCCUUUUUUCAUUAUCUACUGCCGGGCUCUGAAUUCACAGGGCCAAGAUUUAGAGAGGCCUCUUGAGCUGAGAGUCAGGGUUUUGGAUAUAAAUGACAACCCUCCAGUAUUUUCCAUGUCUACAUUUAUAGGACAAGUAGAAGAAAAUUCUAAUGCAAACACACUGGUGAUGAGACUCAAUGCUACUGAUGCAGAUGAACCUAACAAUUUGAAUUCAAAGAUAGCCUUCAAGAUCAUAAGACAGGAACCUUCUGAUUCACCAAUGUUCAUCAUCAACAGAUAUACCGGAGAAAUUCGAACAAUGAAUAAUUUUAUAGACAGAGAGCAAUAUAGUCAGUAUUCUCUUGCUGUAAGAGGCUCAGACCGAGAUGGUGGGGCAGACGGCAUGUCAGCAGAGUGUGAAUGCAACAUUAAAAUCCUUGAUGUCAAUGAUAACAUCCCAUACAUGGAGCAGUCUUCAUAUGCCAUAAGCAUUGAGGAGAACGCUCUCCAUUCAGAGUUGCUCCAGAUUAGAGUCAUUGAUUUGGAUGAAGAGUUCUCAGCAAACUGGAUGGCGGUCAUCUUCUUUAUCUCUGGAAAUGAAGGAGGUUGGUUCGACAUAGAAAUGAAUGAAAGAACAAACGUAGGCAUUCUAAAGGUUGUUAAGCCCCUAGAUUAUGAAGCUAUGAAGAACCUACAACUCAGUAUUGGUGUUAGAAAUAAGGCCGAAUUUCAUCAGUCAAUUAUGUCUCAAUAUAAACUCACAGCGACUGCAGUCUCUGUGACUGUGGUCAAUGUGGUUGAAGGCUCAGUGUUCCGCCCAGGUUCGAAGACGUUUGUGGUAACCAGUAACAUGGGAGCAAACUACAAAGUGGGAGACUUCAUAGCUACUGACCUGGACACAGGCCUAGCUUCAACAACUGUUAGAUAUGUGAUGGGAAAUAAUCCAGCUGGCCUGAUAACUGUUGACUCAAGAACAGGCAUAAUCACUUUGAGAGAUAGAGUUACCAUGGAGCAAUAUAAAAUUCUUGGGGGAAAAUACCAAGGAACAAUUCUAUCUAUAGAUGAUUCUCUCCAAAGAACUUGCACUGGUACAGUUAUUAUUGACCUUGAUGGUUCUGGCUGGACAACAACAACCGGGGGUGAUACUAGCAGUACAAGUACUGACAUUGGUACCAACACCCAAGGAAGAGGUGAUACCACUACCGACACAGGAGAAAUUACUUCCACCAAUGGCCCUUAUGUCAAUACAGGAGAUUAUACCAAUGGCGGUGAUGGUGCUGAGAAGCAAGCUCUCCCAGAUAAUGUCCAUUUUGGUCCCGCUGGCAUUGGAUUACUCAUCAUGGGAUUCUUAGUGCUAGGGUUGGUCCCAUUCUUGUUGAUCUGCUGUGAUUGUGGAGGUGCCCCUGGUGGUGGAGCCGGCUUUGAGCCUGUUCCCGAAUGUUCUGAUGGAGCAAUUCAUUCAUGGGCAGUAGAAGGACCCCAGCCUGAACCCCAUGAUAUAGCCACGAUCUGUGUGCCUCAAAUACCACCUGGUAAUGGGAAUAUAAUAGAAUGCAUUGACAACUCAGGAGUUUACACAAAUGAGUAUUGCAGAGAAAUGCAAGAUCUUGGAGGAGGAGAGAGAACAACAGGAUUUGAACUAAUGGAUGGAGUUAAAACACCAGCUGCACCUGAGAUAUGUCAAGAAUAUUCUGGAACAUUAAGAAGAAAUUCUAUGAGGGAAUGUAGAGAUGGAGGUCUGAAUAUGAAUUUCAUGGAAAGUUACUUUUGUCAGAAAGCGUAUGCUUAUGCAGAUGAAGACGAAGCACGCCCAUCCAAUGACUGUUUGCUCAUCUAUGACAUUGAAGGCGUAGGUUCCCCCGCUGGCUCUGUGGGUUGUUGUAGCUUCAUUGGAGAAGACUUGGAUGAGAGCUUCUUGGAUACUCUGGGUCCCAAAUUUAAGAAGUUGGCUGAUAUCAGCCUGGGAAAAGAAAUUGAAUCAUAUCCAGACCCUGAUCUUUCCUGGCCACCACAGACCACUGAACCCAUUUUCCCUCAGCAAACAGAGCCCAAUCUCCCACCAAUCUCCCCGCAUUUUGGCACUACCACAGUAAUUUCUGAGAGCACCUAUCCCUCAGGCCCUGGUGUACAGCAUCCUACGCCUAUUCCUGACCCUCUGGGCUAUGGUAACGUCACUGUGACUGAGUCUUACACCACCUCUGGCACUCUGAAGCCCUCUGUCCACCUUCAUGACAAUCGACAUGCAUCAAAUGUGGUAGUGACAGAGAGGGUGGUGGGCCCCAUCUCUGGUGCUGAUUUACAUGGAAUGUUAGAGAUGCCUGACUUGAGAGAUGGGUCAAAUGUGAUAGUGACAGAAAGAGUAAUAGCACCAGGUUCAAGUCUACCCACCUCUCUGACUAUUCCCACUCCUAGAGAGUCUUCAAAUGUGAUGGUGACGGAAAGAGUAAUCCAACCAACUUCCGGUAUGAUGGGCAGUCUGAGUAUGCACCCUGAGUUACCCAAUGCCCACAAUGUGAUUGUCACAGAGAGGGUUGUUUCUGGCACUGGCAUAAGUGGGAUUAGUGGCACAGGUGGGAUAAGUGGAGGUGGAGGCAUAGGCAGCACUGGCUUGGCUAGUACCAGCAUGGGUGCCAGUGGUGGAGGCCUGAGUGGAGUUGGAAUAAGUGGGGGUGGUGUUGGGCUGAGCAGCCUCAGUGGAGGCGGGGGCCUGAGUAGCAGGAUGGGGGGGACAGCCACCAUUGGCCACAUGAGGAGUUCCUCUGAUCAUCACUUUAGCCAGACCAUUGGAUCUGCCUCCCCUAGCAUGGCUCGUAGUCGAAUCACAAAGUACAGCACAGUACAAUAUACCAAAUAG